UGGGCCAUUAAUAUCGCAGAACGGGAACACGGAGCCAUCAUGGAGCCACAAAGUCAGUUGCCUGGACACCCGAAAGAAAUGACCCGUCCGGCCGGCCUCUGCAGUCGUUUGCUGGCACACUUAUUGUGGUUAAACGUGGUCCUGGCUGUCCUAACGUUCUUCGUAGCUGGAAUGACAAUCGACCGCUAUUUGAAGUUCUCUGGAACUGGAACCUACAAACAGAUGCACGCUCCGGCGCAGAGGGAGCAUCUUCCAAAGAGCUUCUACGACUCGGACGAACUUUCGGGGUACAGCUAUGAUAUAGUGCCGGACAUACUGCACUUGGUUAGGUACAAUGCGACGGAAGUGGACUUUAUUGACGUGGUGGCCUUCCGCUCCAUGUAUCUGAACCACCGGCCCGAAAAGAUAUACGUUCACUGCAGUCCUUGCGGCUUUCAAGGCAACUACACUCGCUUUCUGGAAGGCAUCAACUUCACCUUCAUCCCAGCUGUUUUUCCCACUGAGGUUUUCGGCAUUCCCAUAAAGGUAUCUCACCACGCUACCGACGUGCUCCGCAUGAGAGUGCUGAUGCGCUACGGAGGAUACUACUUUGACCGAGAUGUGUUCGUGAUUCAAUCUCUGCGACGCUUCCUGCGAUACGAGGCAAGCCUCAGUUUUGGGAGCGGGGACAACAUGGGAAACAUGGUGAUGUUCUUUCACAAGAAUUCGCGCUUCCUUCGUCUCUACCUAGACACCUACCAAGGGUUUAACGACUCGAAUUGGUACUACAACGCGGGCGAGCUACCCCCCAAAGUUCUGUUCCAACCGCAUCCGCAUCUCGUCCACCGAAUGCACUACGGCCUGGAAACCGGAAUGGACAUGCUGGACGCCCUGUACAAGCCACACGCCUACCCGUAUUGGCGGAACGCUUUUGCCAUACACUUUCUGUCACGCUUCCGAUGGGGUUUGCAAUACGAUGCGUUGCACGGAGCUGCAUUUAACGAAACGAACAUCCGAGACGUCGACAAUGCCUUUGGAGAGAUGGCGCGCUCGGUUCUGUUCGGAACGUCCGCCUUCGUGACCCCGGAGGCCCCCAUCCUGAGCGUCGCCGAGCUCGCAGCCAGAAAGGACCGGGGCGAGGACCUCACCAGCGUGCGGCCCGGAAAUGAGCGGCCAUUUUUUUACCCUAUGAUAAACGUGACCAAGUUUAAACGCCACCACUGACGUCUACCGGUGUUAACCGCCUUCCCUUGUUGGAAAACUACGUGAAAGGUGGCUCCGGGGGAAAUUCUGCUGGAUUGUUCCCUGUAACGUGUAGAGCACCUACACAAGCGAGAUUAAGGAUGUGCAGGGAAAACUUCCAAGAAGUUGGGGCUUUUUCCGCUGGCUUCUGGAAAAUGAAAAACGAGAAAAAUGCUGCUACCUGAAAACGAAAAGAAAUAUGCAUGAGACUCACCAGCUUUACAAUUUUAGCCAACUUCUGGUUAGAUAUACUCUAUGUUGAGCUCUGUCUAAGUUACUUUCUGGUACUUAGGAGAUCGUCAUAUUUUAUCUAUACAUCUUCCGAAGUUGAUCGUUUUUGGUAGUCCUGACUUUUCAAGUAGAAAUGUCAAAGGAUUUACAUAAAACUGAAGGUGUUUC